UCAGGUGUUAAUGCGCAAACAGUCCACCGGUGGAAGAGCUUCAGGAGCUGCCCAAAACGACCAUGUAACAAGGCCCUUACCCUGACAUAAGUGCUGCCACAUUCCCGAGCGUUGUACCAAUUUACCUCUGCAGGUUUCUAACCAGUAUGGUGUAAUCAUUGCAAAACUGUGGGGAGAUUGGCCCUGGUAAUGCUGUGAAAAUGACGCACAAACAGCUGCUGAAAUAUGAAGACGCUGCAGGUGGUGUUUCCACUGAAAACGACCAUGUGGGCACCAUACAAACCGGGCAAUCCUGCAUAGACUGAAAUCCAACCCUUAGAAGAAGGACCUGUGCACUGCUGUAUUGUUUUCAGCUUCAUAUGAGUUCCACUUGGAGCAUAAAGUCAGACUACAGCCUCUCAUAUCCAGGAAAUAAGACAAUGGUCCUCCCUUCAAUCUGUAUUUUGGUUAUGAUAAAUAAAUAUAGAACAAUACAACAUGAAUGAGAAACUGGAUUCCAAUUCUUCAUUCAGAUGGCCUCAUUUGCCAAGUUUCAAUGGGACAUACAAGCAUCCAUACACAGAAAGCAACAUUUCUUAUGUAGACUUCUACCUGCAUCAGCCUCCAGUGGCAGCAAUCUUCAUCAUCUCCUACCUCCUCAUCUUCCUCUUGUGUAUGGUUGGCAACGGAGUGGUUUGCUUCAUCGUUCUGAGGAGCAAGCACAUGCGUACAGUUACGAACCUCUUCAUCUUAAACCUUGCUGUCAGUGAUUUACUGGUGGGUAUAUUCUGCAUGCCUACUACCCUCCUGGACAACAUAAUAGCAGGAUGGCCCUUUGGAAGCAUGGUUUGCAAGAUGAGUGGCAUGGUCCAGGGAAUCUCUGUCUCAGCCUCUGUUUUCACUUUGGUUGCAAUUGCAGUUGACAGGUUCCGAAGCAUUGUUUACCCAUUUAAGCAGAAGCUUACCAUAUCGACUGCAGUUGUCAUCAUUGUUGUCAUCUGGGUGUUGGCUAUUGCUAUCAUGUGCCCAUCUGCUGUCAUGUUGCAGGUGCAAGAGGAAAAGUAUUUCCGAGUGAUUCUUGGCUAUAACAAUCAAACCAGCCCAGUAUACUGGUGCCGGGAGGAUUGGCCCAAUCAGGAAAUGAGAAAAAUAUAUACAACCGUGCUUUUUGCUAAUAUCUACCUGGCUCCACUGUCACUCAUCGUCAUUAUGUAUGCUAGGAUAGGUAUUGCUCUUUUCAACACAGCAGUGCCAACUACAGGAAAACAUGGCCAGGAGCAGCGCCAUGCUGUGUCCAAGAAAAAGCAGAAAGUCAUCAAAAUGCUCAUCACUGUGGCUUUGCUUUUCAUUUUAUCAUGGCUUCCCUUGUGGACUUUGAUGAUGCUCUCAGACUACGCCAAUCUGACAGAAGUCCAGUUGCAGGUGAUCAACAUUUAUAUCUAUCCUUUUGCUCACUGGCUAGCCUUUUUCAAUAGCAGCAUCAACCCCAUCAUCUAUGGUUUCUUCAAUGAGAACUUUCGCCGAGGUUUCCAGGCAGCCUUUAAACUUCAGCUCUGUUCUGGAGAGAUGUUUCGCAGGGACAUUUACUCCCAGCGAGGCCAAAGCAAUGCCAUUUUACCGGCAGCCCCUUGCCAGCCUGUGCAGGACCAAGCUUGUAAAAAGGCUGAGGAUGAGGGUAAAACAGUUAAGAAAGGGAACUGGAUGAUCAACCAGCAGGAUUUGAUGAUGGAAGACCUAGAAAAGUCCUCCAAUAACAAUGGAGUGAAAUGAGAUGUGGUGAACUAGUGACGUCAUUUAUUUCAUUUUCCUUGGCAGAGUUCUUCUGAUGUGGUAUGAGAUUUGUGAUCUUCAAGCCCUUUCUGGAAAAAACAAAACUUCUUGACACAUUGCAGCAAUUCUCAACCAGGGUGCUGCAACACCCUGGGGUUACUUGAUGUUCUUUCUAGAGUGUCACAGGGUUCCAUACAAUGUUAGUACUGCUGGAUGGACACACACAAUUCACAAGAUAAACCAGAGAUUUUAAAUAGGAAUCCAUUGUGUCAAAGGCAUUCAGACCUGUUGCCAUAUUUCUGAGUUCUUUGCAACAGAGGAAUUGCUCAUUUAUAUUUUUGCAGUCAAAAAUGAGCAAAAACUAAGAGCUGGCAUUUUCUGAGGGAUUCCUUGAGCAUAUCAAUGUGUAACUUGAACCUGUUGAGGAGUGCCUUGAGUCUAGAAAGGUUGAGAACCGCUGCAUUAUUGUCUAAAAAAUAUGUGUAACUUACAUAGUAUCUGGUUGCCUGGACUAUGUUAUGAGUCCUGAUUCUGUCUUCUAUUAUACCAGUGGAAAUCAGGAGCAACCCUUUUGCAAUCAGUGGGCAUGUCUACACAUGCAUUUGCUGAGGUACCAGUUUACUCAUAAGUAAAUUACUCAGGAGUAAAUGGUGCCAGGCAGACAUCUACAUGUACAGGGAAGCAGGACCAGAUCUACUGCCAUUGGCAGCAAAUCUGCUCCCGCUUCCUGGGGCCCUGCAAUGAGCCCUUGCCACCACCAAGGGUAGCUCCAGGCUCCAGCUACCAGCAGCUCUCUUCAAAAGCCAGCUCCGCUCACUGCUCUCUGGCCAGCCAUGUCCCUGGCCAGGAGCAGUGUACACAGUGCAGGGACAGCACGCAGCAGCGCUCUCCUUGCCACCUGUGCCUCCCUACACCAUGGCUGCUCCUGCCACUGCCACUGCCCCUGAUAGAGAUGGCCAGCACCCUGCACUCAUGCUAGCUGCUGUGCUGGCCCUGCUGGCCCACCACACCAACUGCCUCCUGGCCACACCUGUCUCAUCCUUCCCAGCUUCUCCACAUGCAGUGACCAAAUGUCAACCCAUUGUGCAUUGUCCCAGGGUCACCACCACACACCUGCUGUCUUCACCCCGUCUGCCUGACUGGACCCCACUAGGGAUGCCAACAAUGGGCUCCAGCAUGCCAGUUCUGGGGCCGCCAUUGCCCUCCUGGACCUGCAGCCUCGCUGCUUCUGGGCCCAUCAGACCAGCCAGGACUGGUGGCGUCAUGUUGUCUAGCAGACCUGGGAUGAUAAGCAGUGGCUAGAGGCCUUCAGGAUGACCCAGGUCACCUUCUGGGAUCUCUUAGAGCAGCUCUGGCAACACGUGGAGUGGCAGGACACCAGCAUGCGGCUGCAUCUCCCUGUGGACAACUGACUGGCCCUCACCCUGCUCAAGCUGGCCAUGCCUAUCAACGACGCCAACAUCUUAAGGGAUAGCCAGUACGGGUUUGUUGCGGGUAGGUCUUGCUUGACCAAUCUCAUUUCCU